AUGGCGGCGGCGGCUGCUUGCGGUUCUCACAGCGGCACCACGGCGAAGCCACACAAAGAACAUUCACGAAAAAGUAAAGAUUCACGCCGGAGACAAGCGGCCCUGCUGUUUUUGAAUAACAUUUCUCUAGACGGACGGCCUGUCUGCGCUUUCGGUAAUGCCAAUGGCCUCAGAGAAACCUGGAACCAAAGCGGACCGCCGGCGGUUUCUCUCCCGGUGUCAACGGCGAGCAGCUGCGGGAAUUUCAGCCAGCUGUCACCGUUCAGUGGAACCGCUUUACCGCGGACUAAUGCCUGCUCCCCGGCUCCGCUCUCCAUGGCAACGGUAGCAGGGUUCAGUCAAGCGGGGAACGGCAGUGAGGUGUCCUUGGAGAGCGGAAGAAUGGAGCCUUUGUCAUCUGUCGGAUUCCCCCUUUCUCCGACCUCCGGAGCUCAAAACACCAACUCGAAUCUCGCUAAACCUCCGCCGGUGGUGUCAGGGGUUCACUGCGGACCGCUGGAGCUCCGUCAGCGAACACGUAAUCAGUCAGGGUCUCCUGGGCCCGUGGUGUAUAAGAAGGUGCACUUCAUAAAGAACAUGCGGCAGUAUGACACUCGAGGCAGCAGGAUUAUUGUGAUCUGUGCCAAACGGUCUCUGUGUGCUGCUUUCUCUGUACUACCCUAUGGAGAGAGCUUUCAUAUCAGUGAGGAGGACCAGAGACAGAGGAAUGCAUCAGGAGGAGCAGCUGAGAUGGUUCCUGCGUUGGAGGGUGUGGAACUCGGGGCUUUGGGGAAGACAGUAUCUUAUGCUCAGUUCCUGCUUCCUACCAAUGCCCUGGUCAAGCAGAAAAGCAAUAUGCCUCUAGAUACCAGCACUGUUCAGGCACUGAUGUCCCGAAACCGGAUAAGCAGCCAGAAGAACUUCUGUCACCAACGUUUCUGUAGCGCCAUCGGACAAGAAGCUGGUGUGGACGAGUUGUCAGAUUACAACCCCAACCUGUUGAGUGAUCCACAGUGGCCGUGUGGGAAGCACAAGAGGGUCUUAACCUUUGGCUCUUAUGUGACAACGGUUAUUGAAUACGUAAAACCAUCUGACCUGAAGAAGGACAUGAAUGAGACAUUCAAGGAAAAGUUUCCUUAUAUUAAGCUGACAUUGAGCAAGAUUAGAAGCUUGAAAAGAGACAUGCGUGCGGUGAGCGAGGAGUGUGGUCUGCAGCCGGUUACCAUAGCGAUGGCUUAUGUGUACUUUGAGAAGCUGGUUCUGCAGGGUCGACUGAACAAGCCCAACAGAAAACUCGUAUCUGCAGUAUGUGUGCUGCUGGCAGCCAAGAUCAGCAGUGACCUCAAGAAACUGGAGGUCAAACAGCUGAUAGAUAAGCUGGAGGAGCGUUUUCGACUAAGUCGUCGGGAGCUCAUUCCCCUGGAGUUCCCUGUCCUGGUUGCACUGGAAAUGGCUCUCUACCUCCCGGACAGUAAGGUCAUGCCACACUACCGCAGGUUGGUGCAGCAGGUGUAGAAUCAGAGAAAGACCCUCCAACCGCUGAACCCUAAACAAAUGCAGUUAAACACAGGACUCUGCUGACCUUGGUGUAUUCAGUUGUGUGACAGUCCAAAAGCAUUUUCAGUCUUCCAUGGUAGUACAACCCUCAUGGUUGGUGUUCUGGUUAGUGCUGGACAUUUUAUCAGUCAAAGGUUUGGACACGGAGUUAUUCAGAGGUUUUUCUGUAUUUUGACUAUUUUCUGCAUUGUAGAACAAUACUGAAGACAUCAAAACUAUGAAAUAACAUACGGAACAUAUAACCAAAAAAAAAAGUGUUUAAAAAAAAAAUUUAACCAAAAUAUGUUUAAUUAUUUUAGAUUCUUCAAAGCAGCCACCGUUUACCUUGAUGGCGCUUUGCACACUAUUGGCAUUAUCUUAUCUUAAGCAGCUUCAUGAGGGAGUCACCUGGAAUGCUUUUCAAUUAACAGGUGCCUCGUCAAACCUUAAUUGACUUCUUAAUGCGUUUUAGAUCAAACAGUAAAUUAAUGAAAAUAUAGUAAAUAGCCUUAUUCCACAUUGUCAAGGACCGUUCAACUAAGAGAAAUGAGUCCGUCAUGAAGUGUCUUAUUUUUAUUAAUUAAAAAAAAGAAAAAUUAUUGAAUUAGGUGUCUAAACAUGUGACUUGUACACCCCCCCCCCCCCCCCCCUUCCCAGAAGUGUUUUUUUUACUUUGACUUUUUGAUGUCAUUUUACUUCAACAUUUUAUUUAUCAGUGCAACUGUAUAUUUAUAGACUCUGUCAGUACAUACGUAUGAAGACGAACUGUUUUUCCUAAUUUAAGGCGAUAUGGAGUGUAUCUUGUCUGUGAAAUGUUCUCAAGCAUCUCUUGAACGACUCCCAAAAUGACUCUAUGUUAGAGACGACAAUUUCCAGGCACGUUAUUUGUGCCAUCCUUUUCGGAUGUUCCACGCGCUCCCUAUUUAUAUGGUUUUGUCUCAUUUUUCCUUUUGUAGGUUGAGUGUGCAGCGAAAUGUUGUGUGAGCAGUGUACGUGAUUUCAAUGUUGAAAUCUUCUGUAGCGUUAGAUACAAGAGUGCCAAUUUAAUCAGACCAGCCUGUAAUUAUUUGUUUGAAACGAGAUUAAAAGUUAUUAAUUUACAUGACUGUAUUGCACAAAGGAGUCUAAAAUGGAAACAUUAAAUGUGAAGUUUUGGAAAUGGUACAAAGUGCAUGAUGAAAUGAUUGUGCUGUGUGUGUGUAUAUAUAAAAUCACCACUGACUAAUAUAGACUGGUACCAAAAUCCAGAAUUGUGACACCCAAAGGCAUUUUUGAGACAAAGUCGGCAAACAGUCUUAU